UCAUGGUAAUGUUACAUGGUGAAAAUGCGAAUUUGAACGACUCGUUCAGGAAAACCAUAGUAAGGAGUAAUUGAUAAGAACCGUGACCGAUCGUAAGAAAUGAACGAAAGAACGAGUUAUAUGAACGGGUCAUUUGAACGAUCCGAUCCAAACGAUCCGGAUCGUUCGAUUGACCCGAAAUUCCCAUCACUAGUGUCAUAGUCAAGUAUACUAAAUACAGUUACUAAUACUGCUGUAUGAUAGAAAUCUGUAUUGUAUCGUGUUCUCAUGCACUUCCGUCGUGGCAUUUACGUAAUGGUGUUUUAUCUGUUAUCAAAAAACUACAGUUGAUAAUAAAUUGACAGUUAGACGUUUUUUUAAAAACAAAUUUAUAAGUAUUUUUUUUUAUAAAAUUAAAAUUUUUGACUGUCUUUUAAUAAAAAUGUUGAUUUUUUUGUUUCUUUCCUAGAAUAAAUUUAUAUUUAAAAUGUUAAUGUAAUUUAUUUGUGAUAAUGGUUAGCUAUGAAGCAUUAUUAAAAAUUUUUUUAGUAUUAAAAGUAUUGCUAAUUAUUGUUUAAAACAUACCUAAAUAUUCGAGUUGAUUUGUGGUAUGAAAAACAUAUAGAUCAUCAUAUUAUGUCUUCUAAAGAAAAACAUAAUCGUCCUAAACCUAAUCCAUUAUUUGAAAAAUGGAUUUCAGAAUGGUUGGUUGAAGCUACAGAAAAAAAUUUGGAAGUUCGACAUGGUUAUCGUAAGGCUUUGAAUUCAUUGAAAAAGUAUCCUCUACCUUUAAAAAGUGGUAAAGAGUGUAUGAUAUUGCAAUUUUUUGGGAAAAAAUUGUGUGAUAAAUUAGACAGAAGACUAGAACAUCAUAAAUGUUCAAAUAUAGAAGUAGAAGAUAAUGUAAUAGAAAUUCCUCAACAAACUAUACAAAGUCAAUAUCUUAAAUCUAAAUCUACAAUUGCAAAAUCAAAAAAUCAAAAAAGUUCUAUGCAUUUAAUAAGUUCUCCCAGUAAAGAAAAUUGUAAUAAUAUUGAACCAGAUACCGCGGUAUUAGAAAAAAUAAUCAUUAAACCUAAUGAGUUUACUAUUAUUCUUUUAAUUGAUACAGGUGAAACAUCAAGUAUAAGAAAAACAGAUAUAACAAAGGUUACUGCUCAACUCUCAUUGUUAAAUGUCAGUUUCGAAAUGAGACGAUUAAGUAUUGGUGAUUUUGCUUGGAUUUGUCGUGAUUGUCAUGGUAAUGAAUUAAUGUUACCAUAUAUAGUUGAAAGAAAAAGACUUGAUGAUUUAUCUAGCAGUAUACAAGAUGGCCGUUUUCAUGAGCAAAAAUUUAGAUUGAAACAAUGUGGAAUUGAAAAUAAAAUAUAUUUGAUUGAAAUGGGUAAAAAAUACCACGGUCUACCAUUAGCAAAUUUGUAUCAAGGCAUAGCAAAUACUGAAGUAAUCGAUGGCUUUACUGUACUUAGAAGUGAAAAUCAUUUGGAGUCAAUUAAUUAUAUAGCUACUUUAACUGGUUUAUUAGCUGAUAUGUAUAAAAACAAAAUCUUAACUACAAUUAUUGAUAACGAAGAACUUGAUAAUGGAAGUAUGACAAACGCUAUUAAACUAAUAUCCUUUAAACAUUUUAAUAAGGGUUCUUCAAAAAGUAAGAACAUGACAGUAAGAGAUAUGUUUAUACGUCAUUUAUUACAAUUACGAGGACUAUCAGUGAAAAAAGCAUUUGCAAUUGUUGAACACUAUCCAACCCCUAUAUCUCUUAUGAAAGCUUUUAAGGAUUCAGGCAAUCCUUUUUUAUUGGCCAAUAUAACAUAUGAUGUGCCAAGUAAAAUGAUUGGUCAAAUUAUUAGUAAAACAUUAUUUCAAUUAUAUUCAAAUAAUCAAAAUACUAUUGUGUAAAAUAUAAGUUAUUUUAUUGUUUUUUAUAUCAUAUAAAAUAUGAAGUGUUGUACAAUUUAUGUAUUAAAAGUAUUGUAUUAGUUUUUUCGUAAAUUAAAAAUGAGUUUAAUGUAACA